CUCACUCAAGUCAUCACUUCUUUGCUUAUGCCCAACAUGGCUCCAUGGGAGAAUUUUGACCAGGUCUUCUCAUUUAAUAAGAAAUACUCAUAUGAGCCAAAGGUUUUUGACCAGAUCUUAGCCAACCGGCGCUCGUUGGACCAGCUCUUCGCCGAUCGACUUUUAGGUCUGCUCGGCAUCCAAGGAGUGACCAAGAUCUAUCCACCGAAGUCGAAUGCAGACCUGCGAACAGUAUACAACCACAUUGUUUCCUCAGAACUUGACAUUCAUCACAAACAGUCCUUGAUCUAUUACAUCCUGAAGGACUGUCGUGCUGCACCGGAGGCUUCCUCCCAAUUCGCGCAGCAAUGCCACCUCCCCGAAAAGUAUCGCUUCUUCAUUGAGGGUCUCUGGCACUUGGAUCGGCUCGAAUUCAGGCGAGCAGUGGAAUUCCUUACUGAGCCCUCACUCAUCCCUACCUUCCCGGAUGAGAUUCUCUACGCCCUGACCCUUACGAAUAUUCCCAAGCACGAUGAUAGCCUCGCAAUCGCAUAUUAUCUCACCGUUGCUCCCCCUCUUGCGAGUGCCAAGGUCCGCAAAUCUUUCUUCGACACACUCGCUCGAUCCAAUGUGACGGAGGCAUUUUACUUCACGCGCAAGUAUGAUGAAGCUCUGCGCCGGGACUUCUUCGAGCAGUUGGUUGAAUUCGUGCACAAGACCAGCCCUAGUCAAACCCGUGGCAGACGUGCGAUGGAACUGGUUGGUCUCCCGCUUGAUGAGGAUGAAGAAGAGUGGUUUGAGCACGUCUUACUACAAGGCAAUGCCAGCACCCUGCCUGGGGCUAAGGACACCGUGAUGAUGCGACGCCUGGCAACUGGGCGUCUCGGGGGACUUGCUCCGGAGCUCGAAUCUUUGGGCGGCAAGAAGGUUGAUGGGUUGAACUGGGAUGACCUUCGGGGGAGCAUACGACAUAUCUAG